AUGGCUGAUGCAAGCAAGAAGCGUGCCGCACCCGCAGGUGGUGCCGACAAGAGCAACAAAAUGAUCUUGCCAGGCGAUCAAGGCAUCUGGGCUACAUGCGACAAAGGCAGAGAAGGCAAAUGCACUGGAGAACUUCGUGAUCUGUUCAAUGAGUUGGCCGCAGAAGCUGGUGCUGCCGGCUCUGAUGAUGAGGGUGAUGGUGAGAUCAACAUCGAAGCUGAAAUCCAGCAAGAACUAGCAGACAUCCGCAAGCCUCAGGACAAACCACUGUUCUGGUCAAUAAAGCUGGAUGUUCAGUGCGUUAUCUUCUUCAAGACCAGGGCACCUGUUGAACCUGUUUCAUUUGUACGAAGAAUAUGCGAAGAUGCUGCCAAAGAGAACGCACCCAAGCGCACUAGGUUCUGCAACCGCCUUACACCGAUGACAUUGAUGGGCAAGGCGACUGAAGAUGGUCUGGAAAAGACAGCCAAGCAAGUUCUUGCACCUCAUCUCCACACAGAACCGCGUGUACCUACAAAGCGAAUGGAUAUCAUCCAGAAGGUUGCAUCAAUGGUCGGUCCAGGACACCAAGUCGACCUCAAGAACCCAGACGUCCUCAUCUUGGUCGAGAUCUACACUAUUGAAGCACCCAAGGAGCAACCCGUGGAGAUUGCUCAACCAAAGCCCGAUGAAAAGGACGAGACACAUGUUGUCAAAGAAGAGAUUGACAUGCCAGCCGGAGAAGCGGAAACCGAACACUCAGCUGUAGCUGCAAAGGAUGAGGCAGCUGAGGCUUGA